AUGGAUCUCGCGAGCGCAAGUCCGGUGCCCAUAAAAUAUGGUUUACAAUCGCUGUUGAGCACUGGCCUUGGCCGUUCGUUCCCUCUGGCGGUUGGGACGUCCUACGAGAAAGAGGAGGUGCCAGACCCAGAAAUAGCGCUUGCAGAACUUGGCACGAUUCGCAUUCCAGUCGACGAGGCUGACGCUUUAGCCCUCAUUUCAAGUGCGACCGUAAAGGCCCACCGGCCUGUCAACGAGACGCCAGGGUCUCCGUCUGAGAGCCUCAAUAUCCCUGGUAUAUGGGAAAUACCGGCGGACAAGGUUUCGGUUUCCAACUCCGUAUUUCUCGACUGGCUGCAAGAUGUGGGCGGACCCGAAUCACUCGACUGCAUUGGCGCAUCCGAACAAAGUGGAAGAGUGCAAUACGUUCUCAAGGGUUUGGUGAUCCACGAGGCCUCACAGUACGCCUUUUCCUUUGUGCCGUCAACAAGUCUUUUGUUGACGAAGCAAAAAAGACUUGCUCGCAGAACAAUUCAAACCAGCAGCAACAAAUUAGGAGAGCUCGUCGUGAUCCUCCCGUGCUCUUACACUGACGGAAACAUUACUCAUGCGCAUCUCGACGAGGAUUUCCCACUGGACCUGACCCAAGACUGCAACAGACGCAAACAAACUUUUUCGGUCAUCUCAGCUCACGCCGGUGUGGUCGAAAUCGUCUCCCCAGUCACUACCGGAUUCCGCGUCUCUCUGCUUUACGACAUACUUCAUGACGGUAGUUGGCUGUUGCCCAGUCUCCUCAGCCCCAAGCAAAGACUAAUUCGUCUUCUUUCGCCGUGGGCAUCGCAAGUCGUUUCGACAUGGAGCUACCCACACGGUGUUCUCGGUUGCCUACUCAAGCACAGUUACACCCAUUCGGCCGCGUUUGAUAGUUCUUCGCUUGCGGGAACAUCCGACGAGCUGUUGUUCAAACUAUUCUGCAUCGUCGCCCGCGAGUUGGGCUUCCAUAUAUUUUUCGGGCAGAUUGAACUUCUUGUCCGCAGCGAGGUCGCACGCGAGUUGAACCGGCAGUUUUGGGACUCUGAGAUCGAGAAGGCCAGCAUUGCAACGAUAUUCGACGUGAACGGGAUCCCAGUCGCGGUCGAGGAACUUGAACAAGGGUUGAUACAGCAAGAAAAUCUAGUCAUACAAGACGGCAUCCAACUUGAACCGGCAAUUUCGGUUACCUACAGCGCCGAGAAGACCCACAUAUUCUCAAUGUAUCGUCACACCGGCUUAUUACUGUGGCCACACAGCACGAAGGGGCUUUCCGUCAAGGCGGCCGACAAAAUCGUCGAAUACGCGCAAGAGGUGCUUGAAGAUAGCCAGACGAUGACACCUAGUCGCAAAGAAAAGGUGUUGUUUAACGCAUUGUUGGGCUGGUGCAAGAGCCAGGACAGUGACGCAGUGGUAUUACCUGCCCGCCUUCUCCAGAAAUGUAGCCGGCAAUGGUGGGAUCCAGAGCUCUUCUUUCGCGCGGCGCUGGCUUGCGGCUGUGACAAGUCCAUCGCAGUCUUGGGCCCAGAGGGUUACGUGUCGGCAUAUCUCGAGUUUGGGUGGCUCAAUUCGAUUCGAAAUCUGUGCGAAGCAGCACUCAUCAACGACAACUCCAAACUCCGAAAAUGGUGUUUAAUUGUAUGCUUAUGGGAGAAGGCGAUGCUGUAUGGCGAUUUGCAGCUCGAAGCGUGGUGUGAGGGCCAUCAGUCACGACUCUUAUCUUCGUUGGCAGAGCUGCAACCCAGCGACAUACCGUGGCUGAUGUCCCUUUGCAUGUCUGGGGGCGGCAAGUAUCUGAGAAAUGUAAUAUAUCCCCACCUUGUGAGCCAAUGGCUUCCUAUUGAAGCAUUCUGGAUUCCUUUUAUGAGGGGUCUUCACGAGCAUCGAGCACGGAUACCAUACCUUGAAGAUCCCAAGGCCGUAUACGAUGUCAUUGAACUGGCAAUUCAGCACGUCACAGCAUGCCUCUCCCCGUUCCCAACCAAGUUUGUCGGCGACGAGGAAGUUCAAGACGUCAACAUCGUCGCAGAGCUUAUGUGCUGCUGUCUCGAGAUAGAUCACGGGACAAGCAUUUGUGUCGCUCUCACCUCCAAGAUGCACGACGCCGCUGCAAGAGGAGAAUGGCCAAAACCGUCUCCAUGGCCAUAUUACGACGUCAUGGUUGACAUAAUCCGGAAGCAUUACGCAGGAGAGCCAUGCCAAUCCUGUGCAGAUUCCCAUGGGAAUUUCCUAUAG